CUGACGGAGCAGAAGGAGUUCCAGAAACUGCUGAGGACGAAGAGGCCGAUGUACGAGGCCACGUUGAAGAACGGUCGUAGCCUCCACGAAAGAGCAGCGAGUGUCCACGACCGGCAGCAUCUGGAAAACCUGCUGGCGGAGCUCAAAGACACAUGGGAUACGAUCAGUGGGAAGUCCAUGGAGAGGCAGCAUAAGUUGGAGGAAGCGCUGCUGUUUUCCGGCAGAUUCACGGACGCCCUCCAAGCCCUGAACGACUGGUUGUACAGGGCGGAGCCUCAGCUCGCAGAGGACGUCCCAGUGGGCGGAGACAAAGACAUGGUCAACAACCUGAUUGAUAAACACAAGGCGUUCCAGAAGGAGCUGGGGAAGCGAGCUGGGUGCAUCCGGACCCUGAAACGCUCGGUUCGGGAUCUGACCCGGAGCAGCACGGCUGACGCUCAUUGGCUGCAGGAGCAGAUGGACGAACUGGAGGGACGAUGGGAGGCCGUGUGCAAACUGUCCGUCAGCAAACAGGACCGGCUGGAGGCGGCGCUUCAGCAGGCAGAGAAGUUUGACGGCCUCGUCCACGCCUUCAUGGAACGACUGACGGAGGCCGAGAGGAUCCUGAAAUAUGGAAUCGUACCCGAGGACGAGGACGGGCUGAGAGCCUUCAGCAAACAACACAAGGAGUCGAUGGACGCCCUGGAGGCUCAUGCGAUGGAGCUCCAGAACAUCCACUGUCUGGGGGAGGAGAUCCUGGCGUCGUGUCACCCCGACUCCAUCAUCACCCUGAAGUCUUGGAUCAGCGUCACCAAGACCCGCUACGAGGAGGUCCAGACGUGGGCCCAGCAGCAGGGCCAGAAGAUCCAGUCCAGCUUGGCAGCUCUGGAGGCUGAGAAGGAGGAGGUCCAGAGGCUCCUGGACUGGAUCGGAUCAGCAGAGGAGGCUCUGAACCUGAGAGAACAAGAACCUCUGCCCGACAACACCGAGCAGAACCAGGAACUCAUCGACCAGCACCAAGUUUUCACCGAGGAGUUGAAUAAAAAGUUCCCAGAGGUUGAACAAGCUACGAAAUCCUGCAAACACAAGAGCAUUUCAAAGCAGCAAGUGUCUCCAAGUAAAAGGCCUGUCACAAAGCGAAGGAGUGCGAUGAAGCUGCAGCCCCCCGCCCCGGUUCCCCUGGACCACCUGGACCCCCAGACCCCCCAGCUCAGUCAGCUGAUCAGUCAGUGGCAGAAACUGUGGCUCCUGACGGUCGCAAGACAAACCCGCCUGGACCAACACCACAAGAUGCUCAGAGAGAUGGAGGAGUUCGCCAACUUCGACUUCAACAUCUGGAGGAAGCGUUACAUGCUGUGGAUCAGUCACCUCAAGUCUCGGAUCUUAGACGUUUUCCGCAGCAUCGACCGCGACCAGGACGGACGCAUCAGCAGGAAGGAGUUCAUCGAUUAUGUCCUCGCCUCCAAGUUUCCAACCAACUCCCUGGAGAUGAACGCUGUCGCCAACAUCUUCGACAUGAACAGCGACGGAUUCAUCGACUACUAUGAGUUUGUGAGCGCGCUCCAUCCGAGCCGAGACCCCUACAGGAAGACCCUGGACGCAGAUCAGAUCAACGAGGAGGUGAGUCGACAGGUGUCCCAGUGUAACUGUCCAAAGAGGUUCCAGGUGGAGCAGAUCAGCGCCAACAGAUACAGGUUUGGAGAUUCCCAGCAGCUCCGGAUGGUUCGAAUCCUUCGCAGUACGUUGAUGGUCAGAGUUGGAGGAGGUUGGACGGCUCUAGACGAGUUUCUGGUGAAGAACGAUCCCUGCAGAGUAAAAGGUCGGACCAACCUGAAGAUCAAGGAGAAGUACUUAUCUCCAUCAGGAAGUUCAUCUAAGGGUUUGACGGUGAGCAGGUCCAACUCCAGUCUGAGCCUGUACAGCAGCGCCUCAGCCCCCACCAGCCCCAUGACCCGCAAGGCGUUACUCAGACGGAGUUACUCAGGUGAUCGCUGCCUCCGCCCCAGAAGCUCCAUCGCUGCUUUGGGUUCGGAUCUCCAGUUCGUCACAACAGGAGACGACAACUCCCCAUCGCCAUCAGAUGAAGCUGAACGCUUGCCCACAUGACGACCUCCGCCCUGGACGCCACGUACGCUGCCGUCCUGAACCCAAACACAGCCUGGAGGGCCCUGAAGCAGAGAUAAGAGCCGACGUGAACAGAUAGAACGGCUGAAAGCGAGGCAUGGGCUGCAUCUGAACGGCAGGCGGCGGACUGGCCUGACCUCCAGCCGAGGCCACGGGACCAGACGCCCAAGGACGUUUAGCUUUGACAAACUGUGUGAAUGUGAUUCUUCUGUAAGGAGGUCAGUUCAGAUGCAAGACAAACACGUUUUUAUCUCCUGUUCCGUGUCAUACGGCUGUAGGUGUAGGAGCUAAGACGCUGCAUGGUUUCCUUUUGCAUGAUCCCAAGAUUUUAACCCUGAACAGAUUUUUUAUUCCACUGUGGUUGUAAUGAUGAGAGUGGUGAGACUGAGACCGACUGCCAUUAACCCAUAAAGACCCAAACAUCCACCACCGACCAGAACCAUCUACUGGUACUGAUCUAAUCUGUUUAAUACCUGCUGAUCCACUAAUC